AUGCGAGAGAAGAAGGAAGACAAACAGUCGACCACCUUGCCCGUGUACGAAUCUCAGCCUCCACGAUGGCUUCCAAAGAUUCACGACACUGCGGACCUAGGAUACGUUGGCUUCCAUCCUCCUCGUCCAGGGCAAGACGAAGACAACCUUUCCGAAAACAAUGUCAAAAACGGUUUCAUACUCGCUCAAGCUGUUCCUGUCGAAUCCUUUAGCGCACAGUCGGUGAUCAAUGAAACAUUACGCUCUACAGAUUCUAUGUCAAAAUUGGAACAACUUAUGAACGAGGUAUUCAUCCGCAGGGCAGAACGCAUACCGCCUAUUUCUUCCUCGACCUUUCGCAUCCCAACCAGAGUAACGUUGAACGAUGCCAAACGUCAAGCUUGGUUUGCUGAUCUGGCAAAUCCUGACGUUCCUUUGCAUAAAUUGGGUAAAAGUGUUCCUCACGGCGCUAAAGGUCAUGAUUUACUUGACCUCUUACAUUCCAACAAUGUGGAAAUAUCACGCGCAGUGUGGUUUCUACGCGUAUUUGGUGCCAAUGAAACGGCCGGACUGAGGAACAAACCUACAUAUAUUCCUACUCAAUACAGUAUCGACUGGGCUAAUAUAGUAACUGGUUAUAUGAAAAAGCAAUUGUUGGAAAUUGCCUUACCGAGUGCCCCCCGUCUUGGCCUAUACAUCAAACAGACUUUCAAAGGCGUCCUGGCCGAAACCGAUACCCGAGAACGCUGGAUGUCUCGAUUUAUCUACUGUCUUAAGCUACUUCGUACUUUCUACUCAGAAGAUCUGGUGGACCAUAGGACGUUCCUUACAUGGCUUGUCCAACAGAUGAUAACUUGCAACUUGGCCCAGGCUGGAUUUUUGACACGUCUUACUGAUGAAUACUUGUGCGACAUCCUAUGCAGCCGUGCCUUGUCAAAACCCCUCGUGGAAGCUUGCCUUGCUAAAUUAUCGGAGAUUCGAUCGACAUCUGCCCGUGACUUUCUUAGAGACACUGAAGAAUUGUUAAAAGUUACCCUCCAGCGGGCUUGUAUGAUCUUGCCAGACGCAUUCGUCAGUCCUAAAAUGUGGAACAUAUACUCAUCGUUAUUGGAGGAUAUAAUGGGUGAAGACUUGAUUAACCUACAUAAUACCUCCAUCAUCGAACCGACAGUCAGAGAUAUCAACUAUACCAUUCGUAGCCAUUUAUCGGAUAUUAAGAAGAGAAACCAGGCUUUACUAUUUCUUGGCCCAAUUGCCCAAGUAUCAGCUCGCUUGGCUUCCUCUGUUUCUGAUGUCAAGUUUCUCAACGCUAUAUCUGCCGACACCGACAUGAAUUCUCUCUCGUACUUUAAACGAGACCCUAAUGACCCCAGUUUCAAGGACAAGCUUGACCUGCUUCUUACUUGGAGCGUUACACCUCUGCAGUAUGGAGACCACCGACCGUAUGCAGCCGUGACCUUGAUUCGUAUUUGGCGCCAAAAAGCACGAGAUAGAACAAGUCGCCGUGACGUCUGUAGUCCUGACGAGUUCCUUCAGGACCAACUUUUUGAUUGGCUGGAUUUGUCAGAAGUUGCAGGUGACACCAGUAACAUUCGACAUGUCGCACUCCUAUAUGGAAAACUGGUUAAACACGGCAUCUUUUCAUAUGCUAGCUACAUUCAACGAUUGAUUGCUCGGGGAGAAGUUGGUCUGUCGACUUCGGAGUUGGAUACCCCUAUUCAACUCAACACCGUCGCUUAUACACCAACGCAAGGUUAUUUUGCAUGGAACAAGAGCGCGCGAGACACCGGAAGAUAUGACAGAGCGGGAAAUUAG